AACAAAGAUUAUUUAGCUAUAAAGCCAUUAAUAUUUAAGCAUUCUUUUCACAUGAUAUCCUAGCCUUCACAUGAUAUAUAUAUAUAUAUACAUAUAUAGCCAAUAUUAAUUAAUUAAGAAUCAUGACUACUGAUCACAGUGACUAUGUAUUGCUUAAGGCAGAAGAAGCAAGCUUUCGUGAUCUUGUUCGGUUUCUUCUUUUCCCUAGUAAAUCAACACGACAAGCAAUUACAUUUAUAGAGUCUUCAAAGCCUGUUGAGCAUGUAGAUAUUUGGCAACGAUGGUACAUAUGCGUCUCCACUUUUCUGCAGAAACUCAUCAUUGUUUUCGGAACACCUAUGGCUUUGUCAGGGGAACUGCUGGAGUGGUGGUUGAAUCUUCUUUUCAGUAAUGGGGGAUUUUUCAAGCUAUGGUUAAAAAUCAUAAAAGGUGAUAAGGUGGUGGUGCCAAAGAAGUCGUCGGCAACAUUCGCAUCUGUGGUUGGACAUCUUGAUCAAAGAGUGACAUUAGACAAAAAUAUUAAACCUACUGACAAAAAAUACAAGAAAUCUCUCUCUAUGAUGGCUUGCAAAUUGUCAUACGAAAAUGAAGCAUUUGUUCAAACCAUAGUAAAAAAUCAAUGGGAAAUGGAAAAUUUGGGGUUCUACCAGUUCUAUAAUGCUUAUGUAGAAGGAGCAUCAACUCAAGCCAUCAUGUUCAAAGACACAAGCUCUAACCCUAACCUAAUCAUGGUUGCAUUUACGGGAACCAAACCAUUCGAUCCAUUUGGAUGGCGGACAGAUUUGGAUCUGUCCUUGUUAACACUUGAGGGCGUGGGCAAUAUCCAUAGUGGCUUCAUGAAAGCUCUAGGCCUACAGAAAGCCGACGAAGGCUGGCCAAAAGAAAUAAAACAAGCAAUUGGUGACCAAAGACAGUUUGCUUAUUAUGCAAUAAGACAAAGGCUGAGAGAAAUAUUGAAGAAGAAUGAGGGAGCUAAGUUUAUAUUAACAGGACACAGCUUGGGUGGGGCAUUGGCCAUUCUAUUUGUGACUGUGCUAGCAAAGCAUGAGGAGGCAUGGUUGUUGGAGAGGUUGGCGGGGGUUUACACAUUUGGGCAGCCAAGGGUUGGGAACAAGCAACUUGGGGCAUAUAUGAAGGAGAAGAUGAAAAAGUAUGAUGUGAAGUAUUUUAGGUAUGUUUACAGCAAUGAUUUGGUGCCUAGGGUCCCUUAUGACAAUGGAGAGUCUUUUCAACACUUUCAGGCAUGCAGAUACUACAGUAGCUGUUAUCAAGAGCAUUGGUUCGAGGAGGAGCCGAAUGAAAACUACUUCUCAUUGUUAUGGGCCAUACCCAAGUACCUAAAUGCAUUUUGGGAGGUGAUUCGAAGUUUCAUAAUCCCAUGUAUAUGGGGUCCAGAUUACAGUGAAACUCUGUUGAUGAGAAUGUUUAGGGUGAUUGGAUUAAUAAUCCCCGGAGUGCCAGCACAUCUUACUCAAGAUUAUGUCAACGCCACUCGUUUGGGUCCUAAAAUGUAGGCCUCCAGCUUCCUUUUAUUCAUCAUACAUAUGAGUUCUUCUAGAAGAAUAAGUUAAAGAUUUGAAGAUUGAUUCAUGUUCAACUUCUUAUAAUUAGUUCAUGUUAGGACUCUUAGAAUAUAUUAAGUUAUUUAUUUAUUUGUCUCAUGAAAUCAA